AUGGACCCUUAUGAAACUGAAACAGUUGUGGAAGAUGAAAUCCACGAUGCUAAACCAUCGGAAGACGUUGAAGACGAUGACGACAAAUCUCAGCCUCACUCUGGUGGUGGCGUCGAUAGUGCUGGAAAGAUAUUUGUUGGAGGUUUAGCCAGGGAGACAACUUCAGCUGAAUUCGUCAAGCAUUUUGAGAAGUAUGGAGAGAUUACUGAUUCUGUGAUUAUGAAGGAUCGGAAAACUGGACAGCCACGAGGAUUUGGGUUUGUGACGUACGCUGAUUCCUCGGUUGUUGACAAAGUUAUCCAGGACAAUCACAUCUUAAAUGGAAAGCAGGUUGAAAUUAAGCGAACAAUACCAAGAGGAUCCGUGAGCUCCAACGAUUUCAAAACCAAGAAGAUCUUUGUUGGUGGAAUUCCUUCAACUGUGGAAGAUGAUGAGUUCAAGGAGUUCUUUAAGCAAUUUGGAGAGCUUAAAGAACACCAAAUUAUGCGUGAUCACUCAACUGGAAGAUCACGUGGCUUUGGGUUUGUUACAUAUGAAAGUGAAGAUAUGGUUGAUCUUCUCUUGGCGAAAGGGAACAGAAUUGAGCUUUCAGGGACUCAGGUAGAGAUAAAGAAGGCAGAGCCGAAAAAACCAAACUCAGUUACAACCCCAUCAAAGCGGUUCAAUGAAUCGCGCUCUAACUUUGGUGGAGGCUAUGGAGAUGGUUAUGGUGGCGGAUAUGGUGGUCCAGGUGGUCCUUACAAGUCAGGUGGUGGAGGCUAUGGAGGUGGCCGGUCUGGUGGUUAUGGACCAUAUGGUGGAGAAUUUGGCGGGUAUGGCGGAGGUGGAUACGGUGGUGGUGUCGGACCUUAUAGAGGAGAUCCCGCACUUGGAUACUCUGGAGGAGGAAGUAGAGGUGGAUACGGUGGCAGCGGACGAUACCAUCCUUAUGGAAGGUAG